AAAGUUUCCAGCACGAGCAUGCCAACCGACGCCACAACCAACGCCACAACCACCGCCGCCGACGCCGCGCCGACCGAGUACAUCGCUGUCGCGACGCCCAAGGCUGGGGCGGCGACCACCCUCGACACGCCGACGCCGGCCCACGAGAAGGGCCAGAUGGUGCCGCUCACCAAGCUCUUUAGCUACGCCGAGCGGACCGACGUGCUCCUCAUGGUCGGCGGCACGCUCUGCGCGAUGGGCACGGGCGUCUCGCAGCCGCUCCAGAUCGUCUUCUUUGGCGACAUCCUCUCGGCCUUCAACCCGGGCGCGACCACCAACACGAACGUCGGCGACGCGAUGCGCGACGGCAUCAACAGCAUUGCGCUCAAGUUUGUGUACCUCGGCAUUGGCGUCAUCGCCUGCGGCUUUGGCCAAGUCGCGUGCUGGUCGAUCGCGGCGUCGCGCCAAGGCAAGCGGCUCAAAUUCGAGUACAUUCGCGCGAUCCUCCGCCAAGAGAUUGGCUGGUUUGACGUCAACAAGCCCAUGGAGCUCGCGACCAAGGUCGCCGACACGUCGCUCAUCAUCCAAGACGGCAUUGGGCGCAAGGUCGGCGACGGCAUCAACUUUUUCUCCAUGGGCAUCAGCGGCAUCAUCAUUGGCCUCGUCAAAGGCUGGAAGCUCGCGCUGGCGCUUCUGGCGUUUACGCCGUUCAUUGCGCUCACGGCCUUUCUCAUGGUCAAGACCUUGUCGAGUGCGAUCCAGAUGGGCAUCUCGGCGUAUGCGUCGGCCGGCGGCAUCGCCGAAGAGAGCUUGAGCAACAUUCGGACGGUCCAGAUGUUCAACUCGAUGGACAAGUUUGUCGCCAAGUACGACGUGUCGCUGCUCGCGACCGAGAAGGCGGGCAUCCGCAAGGGCAUUGCCAUCGGACUUGGCACGGGGGUCAUGUUUGGCACCAUCUUCUUCACGUACGCCUUUGGCAUGUGGUUUGGAGCCGUCCAAGUCGCCGACGACCAGCUCGGUAGCGUCAAGUGCACAUCGGACUGCUACGACGGCGGCCGCGUCCUCACCGUCUUCUUUUCCAUUAUUAUGGGUGCGAUGGCCCUCGGCCAGUCGGGCCCGUCGAUCCAAGCGGUCUUCUCGGCGCGCACGGCGGCGUAUGGCGUAUUUGCGAUGAUUGAGCGGACGUCGCAAGUGGAUCCGCUCGACGACGCCGGCGCCACGCUGCCACACGUCGAGGGCGAGAUCCGCUUGGAGAAUAUCGAGUUUUACUACCCGGCGCGCCCCGACGUCCGUGUCUGCUCGGGCUACACGCUGCAGAUUGCGGCCGGCGAAAAGGUCGCGCUCGUCGGGCCCAGUGGCAGCGGCAAGAGCACGAUCGUGUCACUCCUCGAACGGUUUUACGACCCGACGCGCGGCACCGUGUACCUGGACGGCGUCGACCUCAAGACGCUCAACGUCAAGUGGCUUCGCCAGCAAGUGGGCCUCGUCGGCCAAGAACCGUCGCUGUUUUCAGUCUCGAUCGCCGAGAACAUUCGCCACGGCAAGGACGGCGCGACGAUGGACGAGAUCAUUGCGGCCGCCAAGCAAGCGAACGCGUACGACUUUAUCAUGAGCUUUCCAAAGGGCUUUGACACGGAGGUCGGCGACCGCGGCGCGCAGCUCUCGGGUGGCCAGAAACAACGCAUUGCGAUUGCCCGCGCCAUCAUCAAGAACCCGGCGAUUCUGCUGCUCGACGAAGCCACGUCGGCCCUCGACACGGAGAGCGAGCGCGUCGUCCAAGAGUCGCUCGACAUGCUGCUCUCGACGCGGAAGCGCACGACCAUUAUCAUUGCACACCGCCUCUCGACGAUCCGGGAUGCGGACCGUAUUGUCGUUUUGGAAAAAGGCGUUGUUGUCGAGCAAGGCUCGCACACGGAGCUCAUUGCACGCGCGGACGGACACUACCGCAAGCUCGUCGAGGCGCAGUCCCGAGCGCACACGAAGAAGGACACGCCAGAGGACGAGCCCGUUGACGCGAUGGUGGACGUAGCGGCCGACACGCCUGCCGCCGACGCGCGCAGAAUGAGCUCGGCCAAGGCCCUGGUCGUGCCACCAUCGCAUGACGCUGCCAAAGCCGACACGGCCGCCGUCUAUCAAGUGCCCAUGUCGCGCGUCUGGAAGCUCAGCGCGCCAGAGACGGGCCACAUUCUGCUCGGGUCGCUCGGCGCGGUCGUCAAUGGCGCGAUCUUUCCGGUCUGGGGCGUGCUGUUGACCAAGGUGACGGUGCUCUUCUUCGACUACUCGCUCUCGGGCGACGAGAUGCGGACGCGGGCGUCGCACUGGGCGCUUGGGUUUGUCGGUCUCGGCGUCGCGUUCUGUGUCUCGGUCGUGGUGCAAAACUACGGCUUUGCGGUCGUCGCCGAGCGCCUCACGCACCGCCUGCGCUACAUGGGCUUCAAAGCCAUGCUGCACCAAGACAUUGGGUGGUUUGACUUGGAUGCGAACGCGUCGGGGGCGCUGACCACGCGGCUCGCGACCGACACGGCGAUGAUCAUGGCCAUGACGAGCGAGACGCUCAACCGCGGCCUUGUCAACGUGGCCACGCUCGGCGUAGCGUUUGGCAUUGGCUUUUACUACAGCUGGGAGAUGACGCUGGCGAUGCUGGGCAUCUUUCCGAUCCUCGGCGCGGCCUCGUACGUCCAAAUGCAAAUGAUGUCGGGCCAUGGCAAGGCGCUCAACGAAGGCGACACGAAGGCCGGGUCGCUUCUCGCCGAGUCGAUCAACUCGGUGCGCACGGUCGCGUCCUUUACAAUGGAGUCGAACGUGCACCAGACGUACCUCGGACACCUCGCGACGUCGGCGGCUGCGGAUGUGAAGGCGGGUCUCGGCGGCGGCAUUGGCUUUGGCGUCUCGCAAGGCGUCAUGUUCAUGGCCAUCGCGUUCCUCUUUUGGCUCGGCGGUGUCUUGAUCACGCGCGAGAACUCGAGCACGACGUUCGAAGACAUGUUUAUGGUCAUGAUGGCCAUCAUGCUGAGCUCGUUUGGCGUCGGCAUGGCGGCGCAAAACAUGACGGACGCGGCGAAGGCCAAGGUGGCGGCCGCGAGCCUCUUUGAGACCGUCGACCGCCUCCCGCCCAUUGACUGUGCAAGCGAGAAUGGCGCGACAUUGCCGACCGUCCGCGGCGAAAUUGAGCUCCGGAACGUUCGCUUUAGCUACCCGUCGCGCCCGAACGCACCGAUUUACACCAACUACAGCCUCCGCAUUCCGAGCGGCGCGACGGUCGUCCGAGCGGUGCGACGGUCGCCCUUCGGUUUUUACGACCCGAGCGCGGGCGCUGUGUACCUCGAUGGCGUCGACAUCAAGAGCCUCAACGUCAAGUGGCUCCGCCAGCACAUCUCGUUGGUGGGACAAGAACCCGUCCUGUUUGCGGGCUCGAUUGCCGACAACAUUGCGGCCGGCAAGGACGGCGCGACGCGCGACGACGUAGUCCAGGCCGCGACGAUGGCCAACGCCCACGACUUUAUCUUGCAGUUUCCCGACGGCUACGAGACCCAGGUCGGCGACCGCGGCGUGCAAGUGUCGGGCGGCCAGAAGCAGCGCAUUGCAAUUGCCCGCGCGAUCCUGCGGGACCCCGAGGUGUUGCUCCUCGACGAAGCCACGAGCGCGCUCGACAAUGAGAGCGAGCGCAUCGUGCAAGCGUCGCUCGACAAGCUCUUGCAGCUCAAGAAGCGGACGACGAUCAUUGUGGCCCACCGGCUCACGACGAUCCAGAACGCCGACAUCAUUGCGGUCGCGAGCAAUGGCGUGAUUGCCGAGAAAGGCACGCACCACGAACUCAUGAAGAUUCCCAACGGCCUCUACGCCGCCCUUGUCUCGCGCCAGAUGCAGCAGCCGAAAUAA